UGAGCUACUUGAAUUGGCUGUUGGAAGCAGAAGUCAAUUCCGGGAAGAAGCGAAGCAGAGCAGGGAGCACACCGCGGAGCGCGAUUUUGUCGCGUGAGCAGAGCGGUGUCCGACUCCAAGACAGUCAGACGAGAGACGUAACAUUGGAAUUAUCACAGAGCAGCAACCCCCAUUCAUUCACGCUGGGCUCUUCUCAAAUCCGCGGCGUCUUUUCCAACUGCUCUCUCGUGAGUCUCGUCCGGUUGAGUGGGUUAUUUUGUUAAUGUCAUUUCCUUCGAUUUAAAACAAUCAUAGUAUUGUUCAGUAUUUUGAUUAUUCUAUGCGGGUGUGCAGCAAGUUUACCAAACCUUCAAACUUGCUCCUAAUGGUUCAGAAGUAAAGCACGCGACGUUACCUGGGACUGAGUGCACCUGUCCUGGUAUAAAGUCAAGUAACCAUGUUAGGACCAUUUAUACAGAGGACGGAGUAGAUUGGAUCAUGUAUUUUAUGUUGACCAAUAUGCGCUUUCAUAACUGAUAUCGAAAUGUGGGGAAGUUCUCUGCCAAUGGACACAAGCCGAACACAGCGGAGCCCAACCCUGCUCCUGGAUGGGUGAGGUCCCUGCCAACCCAGUCGGUCAGUGAACCCCCCCCACUCCCCACCCAUCGCCUCCCGACCAGGACCCCUGGGUCACCCAGAGGAGCAGCAGGGAUGUACCAGGAGGUGGCCUUCCUAGCGGGCAGCACGGAGAAAGAGUUCACGCCCUUCCACUUCCCCAUUGAGAACCAGCAGGAGGUGGUAACUAAGAAGGGUGUGUUCUUCAAGCGGCAACGGCUGCUGCGGAGGCCCAAUGAGGGGCAGGAGGAGAACGACCUAUCAGCCGUCAUCAACGUGGGCGGGAUCAGGUACCGUAUCCCUUGGUCCGUUCUGGAGGAGUUCCCUCUGACGCGGCUGGGCCGGCUGAGGGGCUGUAGCUCAUUGGACGAGAUCAUGGAGGUGUGUGAUGACUACGACGACGGGUGCCAGGAGUACUUCUUUGACCGCAGCCCAUCUGCGUUCCGUACCAUCGUGACGUUCCUAGCGGCAGGGCGGCUGCGGCUGCUGAGGGAGAUGUGUGCCCUGUCCUUCCAGGAGGAGCUGGUCUACUGGGGCGUGGAGGACACCAGGCUGGAGUGGUGCUGCCUCCGAAAGCUACGCAUCAGGCAGGAGGAGCUCAAGGAGCAGCUGAGGAUGGAGGAGGCAGAGCUCACCACAACCCUGACCCCCCAGAGCUGUGAGGAUGGGCAGGGGCACGUCGGGGAGGGAGGGGGGGAGGAGGAGGAGAGCCGCAUGGCGGGGUGUAUGCGCAGGCUGCACGACAUGGUGGAGAACCCUCAAUCUGGACUACCUGGAAAGAUCUUUGCCUUCUUGUCGGUGGUGUUUGUGGCCAUCACCGCAGUAACGCUCUGCAUCAGUACCAUGCCCGACCUCCGGGAGGAGGAGGAGAGGGGUGAGUGUUCUCAGAGGUGCUACAAUAUCUUUGUCCUGGAGACUGUGUGUGUGGCCUGGUUCUCUCUGGAGUUCCUGCUGCGCUUCAUCCAGACGCCGAGUAAGUGUGUGUUCCUGAAGACGCCCCUCAACAUCAUCGACGUGGUGGCCAUCCUGCCCUAUUACAUCACUGUGAUCGUAGACUCUCUGUCUGAGGGAGGGGAGAAGCCCAGCGGCGGGAACAACUACCUGGAGAAGGUAGGCCUGGUGCUGCGGGUACUCCGGGCCUUGAGGAUCUUCUACGUGAUGCGUCUGGCACGCCACUCCCUGGGGCUGCAGACCUUAGGCCUGACGGUCCGACGCUGCACCCGCGAGUUCGGCCUGCUCCUCCUGUUCCUGUGUGUUGCCAUGGCACUGUUCUCCCCGCUGGUGUUCCUGGCGGAGAGCGAGAUGGGCGCCAAGUACGACUUCACCAGCAUCCCCGGCACCUACUGGUGGGCUGUGAUCUCCAUGACAACGGUGGGGUACGGGGACAUGGUGCCGCGUAGCAUCCCGGGUCAGGUGGUGGCGCUCAGCAGCAUCCUCAGUGGGAUCCUCCUCAUGGCGUUCCCCGUCACCUCCAUCUUCCACACGUUCUCUCGGUCCUACCUGGAGCUGAAGGAGGAGCAGAACAGAACACUGAGACAGAAACCAGACUUCCAGGACUCCAGCAAGUCUCAGAACAGCGAGGACUCGGCCGAGACGGACAGUUAACAUGGCAUCACUGUCGCCGCCUCUGCUUUACGCAGGAAGUCCAUCGCCCUUGCGUCACAGAGGAGGGCCAUACAGACUCAAGACUGAGUGUGUGUGCAACGUGAGAGCCUGUGGGUGUGCAGUGCACUGUGGGAAACUCGUACUAAAGCUGGAGGAUCUAAACAGGGAUGUGAUGUUUUUUUCAAGCUUAAGAAGAAAAGGAGCUCCAACAUUUUGUGAGCCUCCAUAGCUCUGUCCAUCAGAGUGUGUUCAAGAGUUUCUAAGAUUUUAUAAGACAGCUGCAUAAGUCUUUUUGCUGACAUUACUGGUGUAGAGCUGAUCACAUUAUAAAAUCACAAGUUCUCUGUGGUCAAAGGACAUUUCACCCAGGAGUAUAGAAGCCCUACAACACAGGUGUAUAGCCCUACAGCACAGCAUGGGGAGAAAUCUUCUCUCUCACAAAUAUUCAGUGUGAUAAAGUUAAUAUUUUAAGGGAAAAAACACUAAAAAUAUAAUUUUGGUAUAUAUUUAGGAUAAUAAAUAUUGCAAAAAGAUAUAAGUGCAAUAAGAAAGAUUAUUUAACUAUAAACAACACAUUUACAUAUUUCAGAAUGCUUAGUUUGCGUCUAUAUAGACUCAGGAUCUGCAUAUUUUAAUAAAUGUAAGAAAACCAUGACCUCGGCUGAUACAAUGUAUGAUUCUACACUUUAUUAAAUUCAUUUGAUCCCAUGA